AUGAUCGGCCCACAACUUCCUGAUGAUAGCAAGACAAAGAUUCUCGGAGUAAACUGGAAUGUAGAAACCGACAGUCUGUAUUACGAAUUUAAUGAAAUUCAACGUUAUGCUCGCACUUUACCUCCGGCGAAACUAACUGUUUUAAAGCUAGUUACCAAGAUAUUCAAUCCGCUGGAACUUUUAAGUGCAUUCACUAUUAAAUUAAAGAUGAUGUUCCAGUCUAUGUGCAAGGAUAAGACAGAUUGGGAUGAAGAAUUACGCGGCGAGAUGCGUGUAAUUUACGAUGAACUUGUGAAUGAAUUAACCCAACUUAGUGGUGUUCCAAUAUCAGAGAUUAUCAAUUGCAUGGAUUUUCAGAUGCAAGUGAGAAAGCUUACACCGCUGUUGUGUAUUUACGAACGAAGUACGAUGAUGAACAUGUAGAUGUAAACCUAGUCGCCUCAAAGAGCAGAGUUGCUCCCAUCAAACAAUACCUCGCCUAGAAUUUUUGGGGGCUACAAUUUUAGCUUGCCUCGUUGAAAACAUUUCAUCCUCUCUCAUGCCUACUUUAGGUAAACUAGAGAAAUUCUAUUGGGUUGAUUCCUCUGCAGUUCUUUGUUGGAUAAAGAACAAUAAACCCUGGAAACAAUUCGUCCAACACCGAGUGCAAGAGAUUAGAAGGUCUUCGUCUAAAGACGCCUGGCGAUUUUGUCCUGGGUCAAAGAAUCCGGCCGAUUUGCCAUCUUGAGGGACUACAGGAACAGAUCUGAAGUCGAACGAAGCCUGGUGGAAAGGGCCUGAAUUUCUGCAACGUCCUGAAGAAGAAUGGCCAAAUGACUUGGCUUGUGAGAGCACGGAUCCAAUUGCAAUCGCAGAAGUCACAAAACACAAAACUGCUGUUUAGUUUAGCCAACCGAGCGAAGUUUAGUUUAGCCAACCGAGCGAAGCACCACAGAAGAAUUCUAGAACAUUUUGUAAACCGUUGCCGUCGAGAAUACCUAUUGAGUUUACGUGAAAAGUCAAGAGUAAAUGCAAACCGACAGAAUAUCGCAACCAUUUCCGUGGGUGAUAUCAUGAUUAUUAUGAACGAAAAAACAAAACAACAAUUCUGGAAAUUCGCCAGAGUGGAAGAUCUUUUACCAGGUCAAGAUGGAGUAGUUCGAGCAGCAAGAGUAAGAGUAGCGUGUAGUGAAGGCAAACCAAAUGUUCUCCUACGUUCAAUUGCGCAACUUAUUCCUCUUGAAUUUACCGAAAGAUUGGAAGAAAUGGAAGGAGAAGCAGCUAGACGAAGGAGAAGACAAGGAACCCGAGCAAGAAACAAAGGAACUUAA